AUGAGCGACGCGCCGAACAGCGAUGGGCAGAGCGAUGGAAGGGCUGCAUGGACAAGCGCCACGCCAGCGCCCACGCCUUUAGAUGUCGAGGCAGAGGGCGCAGAUGGCAACGGUCAAGAAAGCCCUGACACCCGCGACGGUACUUUGAUCUCCUUUGGAAUGCCUCUGGAAGAUCGCUUGGCCAAGCGCGUGACCAUCCAAGUGUUUGUGCUGGCAGUGUCCAUCGCAGCCUUUUCCAUCAUUCAUUUCAUCACGACUCUGAUGAUGGGGCGUUUCGAAACAAGCUGGGAGAAUCCUACAGGUGGUGUAGUCUAUAGAGCCGACAUUCUCUGGGCCGAUGUGGCGAGCCUCAUCAUUGAGUUGAGCAUCCCCAUUGCAGGGUACUUGGGAGCUUUAUACCACAACCGCCAGCUGACGUGCUGUUUCUGCAGCUGCAACCUCUUCUUGGUCUUUGCCACCUCAUGGACGCUUUUAACUCUGGCCUUUCGUCAACGAGAACUUGCUGGGAACUGCAACCUGGAACCUGACGAUCAGAACCGGGCACUCUGCUACAUGUGGCUGGACCGAGGGGCUUUGCAGUGGGUCUUCAUUGGGGAUGCCAUUUGCGUGGCCACUCUGUCCUGCUGCGCUGCCAUGGCUAGUAUCCGACUCUUUCACAAGCUCUCCAGGGAACCCGCCAACAUCGAGUCCACCCCCGUGGUUGGUGGUGCAACUGCAAGCACCUUGGCCGAAACCGACAUGGAUGAGGGCAAUCCUCCAUGGCUGCAAGAAGUGCGAACUGGUGCUGCUCCUGCUGUGGCUGACACCAGACUAGCACCGACCCCACCGGGAAUGGCGAGUGGAAGUCGCUGCACCUAUGGAGACGGCAGCAGGGCCAGACCAAAGCCACACCAGAAGCCGUUCCCUGUGGACGAGAGCUCAAACGAGCUUCUGCAGCUGCGGAGGAAGACACAGUCCCUGGUGCCAGCAUGGCAGCAGAUGGCGACAAGAGGCUAUGGUGGUGAGCAUGUUCCUUCAGCAAUGGCACUGAUGGGAAUGCCGGCAGAGAGCGAGAGGCAGCGGGCUCACACCGCGGAAGUUGCCUACGGACAGCGGCAGCAGCUUCAGGAUGAGGAAGCCAUGGCCAUGGAACAGGCGUUCCUUUCGGAGGGGGCCAGAGCUGACGCUGCAGAGCGACAUGCUGCUGAGAUGAGAGAUGUAGUUCAUGCGCUCAAGGACCAUGUGCUCAAGGAACAAGCAAGUUCUUCCACAAGACCUGUCGUCAGCACAGACCUGAGAGCGCACAGAGCUGCAAAGGAAGAGGCUGCACCAGCAGCAGGCCGCAGAAAGCAGCCGGAGCAGCUUCCAGAAAGGCCUGGAGUUAUCUGGGGAGUGCCGAAUGCUUUGUGGCAUCACUUUCUGGAGGGAGAAUGCUUCAGAAGCUUCUCCUGUGCCUACUUCGUAGUCUUUGGGAUGGAGCUUGGUAAGAGUGGCAGGAUUCCCGAUACAGCCUACCCAAGUGUACAUUCCCUGCGACAUUUGUCUUUGAACGACACCACCCAAUACGACCGCCUGGUCAAGGAGUUUAAGCAGCUGGCCAAACCGGAGCUCAGAAAGCCUCAGACGCACGAUCCAUUGUCCGACGAUGACCGUGCUGCGAUACACACGGUGCUUCAGGCAAGGGUAUCACGGUUGAAGGCAUACCGCAAGGAAUCUGCCAAUCAGUGGGAGCUGGUCCAGGUGGUAGCUCGCAUGCUGCUACCUGUGACGAUGAGAGCCUUGUUGGUGGAGAACUACGUUCACCGUGAACUCCGACUGACAGGCGCGCAGCCUCCACCUACACCGCAGAACUCCGAAGAGGUGUAUCCGUGUGACACAGUGGGAGUGGCAAUGUUUUUGCUGCGACAAGCCUCCACCAUGAAUGACAAUGAGAACACUCCGCUGACCAGGGUGGUGAACCAACGAAGCACCAUCGCUCCCAAUGGCCAUGAAGUCACGCUGUACAGCAUCGACCGCACUUCGGGUGUGAACCCACCGGAUCCUGCGGAUGGCAGCCCAACACCAGUUCGUGUCUCCGUUCCUCGGGCCAGCGUCGCCUCUUCGGUGCGGCCGCCCUCGGUACGCAUCGAGUUGGCACCACAGGAAGUCUUUGAGGACGAGUACUGAAAGCCUAGCUUUGAGUCUGGGGUUGUCUGAACCCCAAAAUCCAUCAAAAUCCACAGUUUAUAAUAUGAAAUACAUGUGUAC